AAUCCUCUCCGGGUCGACCAAGUCGGAGGAGAGCACCGUUGCGCACAAAAAGCAAAGGAGAGCCUGUGUCAGUUGGGCAGCCACAACGAAAGAAACCAAAUCGCAGCACAAACAGCACGCCAUGGUGAUGGAGGAGGCGAUGGACAGCGAGAUGAGCCUGUCGAACAUGGUGCUGGGCUUCUUCGAGGAUUUCGAGAGGGAGCGGUGGCCGGAGAACGACGACGACGACGAGGGCUCCAGCGGCGGCGACACCGCCGAGAGCAAGGCCUUCUGGCGGACCCAACAUUCCCAGCUGCAUCCUGGUAAUAUCUUCUGGUGCUGAGCGAUGCAAAUAUGCGUGGAUGUGGAUGAUACAGGAGGCCCUGUCCAAGACCAGCCCGGCCGAGAGCAGGAUCCGGGCGGACACGGAGGCGGCCAUCAAGAGCAUGCGCGCCGCCGCCGCGGCGGGCACGGCGUGCUCCUGCACGGGGCGGCCCGCGGCCGGCGGGGACUGCCGGCGCUGCAUGCUCCGGCGCGUCGCCGAGCGGCUGCGCGACGCCGGGUACAACAGCGCGCUCUGCACGUCCAAGUGGACGCGCUCGCCGGACAUCCCUUCAGGCGAGCACAGCUACGUGGACGUGGUGGUGCAGACGCGGAGCGGCAAGGCGGUGCGCGUGGUGGUGGAGCUCAGCUUCCGCGCCGAGUUCGAGGUGGCGCGCGCCGGCGCCGAGUACCGGGCGCUGGUGGCCGCGCUGCCGGAGGUGUUCGUCGGCCGGGCCGACCGGCUGCGCGCCGUGGUCAAGGCCAUGUGCGCCGCCGCCAAGCAGUGCAUGAAGGAGAACAACAUGCACAUGGGGCCCUGGAGGAAGCACAAGUACAUGCAGGCCAAGUGGCUCGGCACGCCCGAGCGCACCGCGGCCGUGGCGGCGGCGGCGGCGGCGCCGCCGGUGGCUCCCCCGGUGGUGGUCGGCUCGCCCGAGAAGCAGACCAAGUUCAGGGCCUCCAUGCUGACCUUCGACUUUGGCCGGACGGCGGUGGAGGUCGUGUGAUGACAGCAUGGCGUGCGUCCAACGAGGAUUACUGCUGAGCUGCAUAUUUGUAAGUAGAGUGUACCCCGGAUUUUAGGUUUUUGUCAGGAUUCAGAACUUUAGAUUUCAGAAAACCGGUGUUGAUAGAGUAGUAUCAUUCGAUACCAUCACGUACUGUAGGGAAACCGCAAGUUCUGAAUUUGUUGCUGAGGAAUUAAUCUUAUUGCAAGGGAAUAAAAUCGAGCUUCACUUGCACUGAUAAAUA